AAGGCCAUAGUGAACCCGAUGGACAUCCAGACGUCCAGCGCCGUCUUUUGGACGUGUCUGAAGGCGGUUUCUAUCUGGCUGCUGUCCGUCCUGCUGGCUAUCCCUGAGGCUAUCUUCUCUCAAGUUGGUCACCGGGACAACACGAACGUCACCUUCGUGAACUGCGUGCCCUACCCGAUGUCCAAUCAGAUGCAUCCAAAGAUCCACUCCGUGAUGAUCUUCUUGGUUUACUUCCUGAUCCCUCUCACCAUCAUCUCCGUGUAUUACUACCACAUCGCUCGCACGCUCAUCAAGAGCGCCCACGACAUGCCGGGCGAGGUCAGCGAACACACCAAGAGACAGAUGGAGACGAGGAAGCGCCUGGCGAAGAUCGUGCUUGUGUUCGUGGGCCUCUUCGCCCUCUGCUGGUUCCCAAACCACGUGCUCUACAUGUACCGCUCCUUCCACUACCACCAGAUGGACCUGUCUCUGGCCCACCUGGUCAUCACUCUCCUGGCCCGAGUCCUCAGCUUCUCCUCGUCCUGCGUCAACCCCUUCGCCCUGUACCUGCUGAGCGAGAGCUUCCGGAGACACUUCAACAGUCAGCUCCGAUGUGGUCGAGGUCAUCGCCCCGAGCGCCAAGUCAGCUACAUGCACAGCACCUCCCACAUCCGCCUCACCUCCAUCAAGAAGAACACGCCCACCACCGCCAUCACCACCACCGCAGCAGCCAACGGCAACUCCAGCAGACAGGAAGUUGCUCUGUGA